AACUUAACCCUCUGCAUGUCGCCUUUGACAAAAACAAUAAAUGGAAGAAGACACCGACCAAGCUGUGUCCCAGAUGCCUAUGCAACAUCCAAACACUAGAAGGCACUUGAAAUCAACCACUCCCCUAAUUCUCGCACAAAACAUAAAGGCUACACCCUCCCACUCUCCUUUCUCGUGCAUCACAAAACUCUCUCUCUCUCUCUCUCUCAUAUUUUAUUUUCUGCAUAGUAAGAAAAUCCCCAACCACUCCUCUCCGGGCAACACCAAUUCAGAAUCUUCAGAACCUUCAUUCACAUCCUGCUUCUAUAAUUAUAUGAUAGCUUUUGCCAGCCCACGUAUAUGUAACUUUGCAAAAGAAGGUUUUGAUGGGGCAUAGUGUGCACAGGCCAUCGCUGACAUGAAAGCCAGAGAUGCUAUUCAGUACUGCUGACCACCCUUUCUCUUGUCCUUGUGACCGGAAAGAUGCUUCUUUGAAAGUCCUCAUCAAACUGCCUUGACCUCUGCCUUAUGCCAUCGGAUCCAGCGGGGGAAAAACCUAUAAGAAAAGAGAAACCCAAACCCUUCUUUCUCUCCCUCCCACACGUCUUCCUCUUAACAAACUUACAGAAUCCUUGCAACCUAGCCUUAAAAUCAUCCAUCGCUAGAAAAAUUCUGCACAUCAGAUAACAUAAGGUUAAUUACGAGCCUCUGCUAUUGAAGUUAAACAAUGUCUCUUCAUCAUCGUGCUCGCCGUCUUCUGCUGGAUCAUGAUUCAAGCCCAAUCCCACCAGAUAGCGUAUACAGGACGAGGAUGACUUAUACAAGUGACGCUAAUUUUGACACCAACAUGGUGAUUAUAUUAGCAGCCUUGCUCUGUGCACUAAUAUGUGCUCUGGGUCUGAAUUCAAUAGUACGAUGCGCUCUCAGAUGCAGCCGAAGGUUGGCUUUUGAGACAGCAGAGGAGGCGGCAGCUCGUUUAGCUGCGAAAGGGCUGAAGAAGAGCGCGUUGCGUCAGAUACCUAUAGCUGUGUGUGGUUCAUCAGGAGCUGAAAUUACAGGCGCAGACUGUCCAAUCUGCUUAGGGGAGUUCGUGGACGGAGAGAAAGUGAGAGUGCUUCCAAAAUGCAACCAUGGAUUCCAUGUGAAGUGCAUAGACACAUGGCUCCUUUCUCAUUCCUCUUGCCCUACUUGCAGGCAGUCUCUUCACGAAACCACCAUUUCUCAGGCUGUAUCUGUACCUGCUGAUCAGGCUGCCUAACACCAAGCUGCCAAUAUAUAUGAGACCACUUGACCAGAAUGCGUCCGUCAAAGCUCCUUUGUGUUUGAAUUGUGGCGCAUAGUGCUCUACGUAGGUUAAAGAAAGAGUUAGGCUCUGGCUAACAACUGUUACGAACUUGACCUGGCGAGGCACUCCACUUUCAGAACCACCCAGUAACAUGAAGGUUGUUCAAAGCUUUUGAUAUUGGAUAUUUUUAUGUUCACGAUGCACUUAGGGAAUUGUAUAGCAAAACUGAGUUCAUGGGUGAUGGUUUCUGAGGCCGUUCAGUGUUUUUACAUCAUAUCUGUUUUUACUUUUUUAAAAGGGAAGGGUUGUGAAUCUUAGUUAUUACCUGUAAAAAGUUUGAAAGAAAUGCAAAGGAAGAAAUGCAAUUCGAUGGAUGGCA